AAAUUAUAAUAGUUAAGCAAAAAUAAAGGAAAAUAGUCCUAAAGGUGUCAUGAGUCGUUCAAGUUCACCUACUUUUUGUGAUGAUGAAGCUUCACCACAAGCAAUAGAAAGCCUUAUUUUGGAUUUUGAAGAACCAUCUGAAAAUGUUCAUAAAUGGUGCAAAUUACCUGAGUUAAAUGAAUUUGUUGGAUCAAAACGCAGUAAGCACUCACUUGUUGCAUGGGGGGAUUUGCUUUAUGUUUUUGGUGGUGACAAUGGAAAGCGUAUGUUGAAUGAUUUACUGCGUUUUGAUAUCAAAGACAGUUCAUGGGGUCGUGUUGUAACAUCAGGUACAUCACCAGCUCCUCGAUACCAUCAUUCAGCUGUUGUUUUUGCAAAUAGCAUGUUUGUUUUUGGCGGUUACACUGGUGACAUUUACUCAAAUUCAAACCUACGCAAUAAAAAUGAUUUAUUUGAGUAUAGAUUUAACACUGGUCAAUGGAUUGAAUGGCAAGUUAAUGGGAACAUUCCAGUUGCUCGAUCUGCUCAUGGAGCUGUUGUUUACAAAAAUAGCAUGUGGUUGUUUGCAGGUUAUGAUGGAAAUGCUAGAUUGAAUGAUCUAUGGAGCAUUUGUUUAUCUGAUCCAAUGCCUGUAUGGAAUGAGAUUCAACAAAUUGGUAAACGUCCUCCAACAUGCUGCAACUUUCCUAUAGCAGUUGCAAGAGAUUCAAUGUACGUUUUUUCAGGACAGAGUGGUGCUAAAAUAACUAAUGACUUGUUUCAGUUCCACUUUUUAGAAAAAAAAUGGACUCGAAUUACAACUGAGCAUCUAUUGAAAGGUACACCUCCACCACCAUCUCGCAGAUAUGGACAUACAAUGGUUACUCAUGAUAGACAUUUAUAUGUUUUUGGUGGUGCAGCUGAUAACACUUUGCCAAAUGACCUUUACUGGUAUGAUCUUGAGACAGAAACAUGGGACGUCAUUCAAACUGAAGGCGAGUUGCCGAAUGGAAGGUUAUUUCAUGAUGCAGAUGUUAUUGGUGAUCGUUUGUAUGUCUUUGGAGGAACUGUUGAUAACAAUGUGCGUAGUGGUGAACUCUUUUAUUUCACUUUUUCAUCUUAUCCAAGAUGCACUCUCCAAGAAGAUUUUGGUAGACUUCUGGAAAGCAGGCAGUUUUGUGAUAUGACAUUUUCACUUAAUGGUGAAGAGGAAAAAAUUGGUUCCCAUAUUUCAAUUGUUGCUGCAAGAUCGCCUGUCCUUCGUGAACAACUUAGACAUCUACUUAACAAAGAAAAUAAUUCAAUAAAGGAGUCUGUUGAACGACCCUCAGAUGAUUCUGCAUCAAGUAUAAGACAACUCAAUCGAUCUUCUAAUUUCAAGGAAAAGAUUUGUAUUGAUGUUGGCGAUGUCAAUAAACUAGCAUUUAAAGUUGUCCUAUGGUUUAUGUAUACUGAUCAAAUAUAUCCUUACAUUAAAGAUGAACAUGGUGCAACAACUGAUGUAAUGAAGUUAAUGAUGGAUGUUUAUAAUUUUGCUGUUAGAUUUAAUUUGAUGCGUCUACGGCUUUUGUGUGAGCAGUAUAUAGAAGCAUCUAUAUCUACAAAAAAUGUGUUGGCAGCUUUAGAGUGUUCACAAGCACUUCAUUUGGAAUUUAUAAAGGAGUUUUGUAUGCGAUUUAUUAUAAGAGAAGUUCAUUAUAAUCAAAUUAUCCAUGGAACUGAUUUUGAAGAUCUUGACAAGAAGUUAAUGAUUGAGAUUAUCAGAAGGAAGCAACUUCAACAACACAAUUCAAUUCCCGAUACUCCCAGUCAAACGGUUUUACAUGCCCCUACUUUAAAAGACGAUUUAAAAGCUCUUUUAACAAAUGACUUUGGAGAAUACUUCAGUGACUUUGUUUUAUGUUUGAAGGGAAAAGAGAUCAAAGUGCAUAAGGUUGUGUUAGCAGCACGCAGUAGCUAUUUUGAAGCAAUGUUUCGUUCAUUUAACCCUGUGGAAUGUAAAGCUACUGUUAAAAUUGGAGAUAUGGUGCCAUCUCCACAAUCUAUUGAAACAUUACUAAGAUACAUUUAUUAUGGAGAUAUUAAAAUGCCUCCUGAAGAUUCACUAUACUUGUUCUCAGCACCAUUUUAUUUUGGUUUUACUAACUCUCAGUUGCAGGCUUACUGCAAGCAUAAUUUAGAGAUGAAUGUUACACAUCAAAAUGUCAUACAUAUUUUUGAGGCAUCACAUGGGAUUGGGGCAAAAGACAUGAAACGUCAUGCAUUGAGUAUUAUUGUGCAGCAGUUUCCAAGUGUUGCUCGUCACCCUGAUAUUCGUCGUUUAAAACGAGAACUGUUACUUGAAAUUAUUGAUGCAAUAGCUGAUAGUAUGUUACCUGAAUCAAACACAGAGGUUGUGUCAGUAAUGGCUUUUGACCCAUACAAGUAGCGGAAAACGAAAAAAAAUGUUCUAAACGUCUGUAAAUAAUAUUUAAAGUAUGUGUAAAUAAAAAUUGUAGAUAAAAUUUUUAAAAAUAGAAAACUAGUAUUGGGCAUUCAUAACGCAUCCAUACGCUGUAAA